AUGCGCCUAUGGGGCGAGUAUAUGCGUGAAAAUGGUCGCAACGCCAGCCUCGUCCGCCAGCCAACCUUUUCGAAACUGAUCAGAGUCGGCUUGCCCAAUCGCCUUCGAGGUGAGAUAUGGGAGCUGUCCUCUGGAUCAUUCUACACUCGACUGCGGAACCCUCAGCUGUACGGCAAGACUUUGGACAAAUACUUAGGUCAGGAAUCGCUAGCCAUCGACGAAAUCGAGAAGGACCUGAAUCGAAGUCUCCCAGAGUAUCCAGCAUAUCAGAGCGAGGAAGGCAUCGAGCGCCUCCGGAAAGUCCUCACGGCCUACAGCUGGACAAACGAAGAGGUCGGCUAUUGCCAGGCGAUGAACAUUGUUGCGGCAGCGCUACUAAUAUUUACUUCAGAGGAGCAAGCGUACUUCCUCCUUGGUACCUUGUGCGAUCGAUUGCUGCCAGGCUACUAUUCAAAGGACAUGUACGGCACCCUCCUUGACCAGAAAGUAUUCGAAGCAUUGGUCGAAAAGACAAUGCCCGUGCUGUGGGACCAUUUGGUGAAAUCCGACGUCAACCUGUCCGUCGUAUCGCUGCCAUGGUUUUUGUCGUUGUACGUCAACUCUAUGCCACUGGUCUUCGCCUUCAGAGUGCUGGAUGUGUUCUUCCUGGAGGGGCCCAAAGUACUGUUCCAAGUCGGACUGGCAAUUCUGCGGAUCAACGGAGAGGAGUUGUUAGAUGUCGCGGACGAUGGAUCAUUUAUACAAAUUUUGAAGAACUAUUUCGCCCGGCUAGACGAGUCAGCACAUCCAGACUCACAAAACGAGAAGCUCAGGGCAAUCACAAGAUUUCAGGAACUUAUGGUCACGGCUUUCAAGGAGUUCUCGGGCAUCACACACUCCAGUGUGGCUGACCUGCGCGCGAAGCAUAUAGAUAGCGUCAAGGAGGGACUGGCUACAUUCGCAAAGCGAACCUCAAUACGGAAUUUGGGGCCGGAAAGCAAAAAGUUGAGCACAGAUGAUCUGAGUAUAUUAUAUGAUCGAUUCUUUGGAGUGCUGCAAGAGCGAGAAUCACGCACAAGGGAGAAAGAGGAAAAGAGAAAGAAAGAACAAGAGCAACAGCGGCAACCAAACUUAUGGAAGCAAAAGACCGGCGAGGAUGCUCCAAAUCACGGGUCUGGAAGAUUAGAGGCUAUGGAUUACGAUGCAUUCAGAGAAUUCCUCGCACGCACAGCGAAGUGGGCAGUCACAGAUCAGCCGAGUUCGCCUGCCAAAGAGCUGGCCAACAUGAGUAUUUCUCAAAGAAGAAAGACCUCCUUCCACUCGAAAUGGGGAGAAGGACCCGAGCCGGCGGAUCAUGACUUCCUGCAACGACUUUACGGCAAGUGGGAUGCGUCACAGACUGGGCAACUCACGCUACAAAACAUUGUCAACGGGCUCGCACGACUCAAGGGCACGACCGACAUUAUGAAUUCUAUGAGCAUGUUCUUCGAUCUCUACGACGAGGACGGCACCGGCAAAGUUGACAAAGAUGGCAUUCUUAGGAUGUCAGAAGCCCUCUUAUUUUUGUCGAGACGUGGCUUUGAUGGAGCAAUCACUCCAACAGAGACGAAUGGCGUUGACGAAGCCAAUGGCGACAUCAAGCUCAGCACCAACGAGAAAUUCUUGGGAAGCGUGAGCGCUUUCAUUCGCCGCUGCUUCGAGUAUGCCGAUCCAGACCAGCCUGAAGUGGUUGAGAACGGUGGUGACGCAUUCGCCAUCGGUGCCGACGAAGACGAGGAAGAGGACCUCCUCGACCUAACCGAAACCAAAUCUCGCACGAAAUCGCCCAUAUCACCACGCCCAGUCACAGAAGACCCCCUCUCAAAGACCGUCACACCCCCCGCAUCACCGCCCAAAUCAUCCAAACCAGCCUCCCGAGCAACAUCACACAACCUAGCCCUCGACCCCUCAAAACCGCUACACAUCACCCUCCCAACCUUCCGCAUGGUCAUCCUCGCCGACGAGCUCCUCGAGCAGUUCUUCGAGACCUUCUUCCCUCAAUCCUUCCGCCUCUCCGAACCGCUCAUCACCAGCGCCUCCAUGACAUCCCUCUCCCCAUCAGUGGCCUCACAGAACACACUCUCUGGAAAUCUGACCACAUUCACUAAUAUCGGCCAGCCCGUCAAGAACCUCCUCGGCGGCGCAACCAACAAGCAGCCCGUCGUGGACGUCGGCAUUGCCGGCGGCGUCGUUGAGCCUGGCUCGCGAGGUCUAAGAGGCGUGUUGGACAACAUUGUCAACGACGGCAUGCGCAUGGCGACGGAGGUGCGGAGGCGGAUGGAUGAGGCGCAAAGGGAGUUGGAGAAGGAGAAUGCGCGGAUGCAGGCACAGGGUCGGCCACAGAGGUCGUACAGAGACGAUGAGGACGACGAUGAGGAUGGCGAGGAUGAGGGUGACAAAGAUCUGCUUGAAGGGGCAGAGGCUGCAACUGAUGCGGCGAGUGUGAGGAGCAGGACGAGGAGUGAGGGAGCGAGUAGUUUGUUGGAUUUGGAUGAUGGUGAUGGUGGUGGUGGGAAUAAUGCUUCUGCGGGUAGGUAG